CAACACUACUAUAUAACAAAUAAUUUGAGUUUUAGAUGUUCAGUAUAACUUGAUGGAAGAUAGUAAAGUCUGGUUUUGCCGAUGGAGUGACAGGAAAAACAAAGUAUUUUACGUUAACAUAAAAAAUCGGAAAUCUAGUUGGGUGAAGCCUGAGGGUUACCUUGAGACAGAAGAUGAACUAAAGAAAAUAGCAGAGUGGCAACUAACAAAAAGGAAACCUUCCUCUGAAACUGUACCCUUAAACGGAGGUUCCAAACCAGACAAAAAUACAGCAGAAGAAAAAUUAGCACCUUUAGAGGGCAGACUUCCUCAAUCUCCAGAUCAGAAAAAGCGGAAUAAGUCAUCAAAAAAGCGGUCUCCAAAGCUAUCAUCUGAAGAAAUCAGAAAUAUAAAGAAGAUCAGGAUGACAUCAGAUUCUAUGGCUGAUAAGACUGUAUCGGAUCCUGCAGGAGACUACGUACAGGUAUUCAGUGAGAAGAGACAGAUAUACUACUACUACAACAUGAAGACUAAAAUCUCUCAGUGGAAGAGACCAGCUUGUUUCCAAGCUGCCGAGACGGAAAAAGCUAUCGAGAACGCAAACCUGAAGAAAUCGGAGAUUUACAGGAACGGCACAUUGAACAGCAACCUCAAUGAUAGUGUUUUAUCAGAAGAAGAAUUAGAAGAAGAAGAAGAAGAAGAUCAUGAAGAAGAUGAGAUCCUCUCAAAAUCCACUCUGAAUGUUGACGCGCCGUGUUUUGAAAUGACGUCCACACUUAACGUCAACGCUAAACCUUUCGUUCCGAGGCCUCUGGAGCAGAUAAAAACCCUGUCGUGUAGCGAUUUGUCUCAAACCGAAAAAAAGACAGAAGAUGAUUCGUCCAUUGAGGAGCCGAAAAUGCGCAACCGAAACGGUAAGAGAAGAGUGAUCCUAAGUAGGCGUAGUGAUCCAACUCCGAAUAGAAAACUAGCUGGUUCACCCAACCAUGUCAGAUUGCCCGCAAAAGAGCGCUUGUCUCUGUCAGGAGUGAAACCAGGAAGAAGUGUCCACGAUAGACUCGGUAUCAGGACUCCAAUAUGUGCUCCUGAACCGUUCCUGUUGAGUGAAGUUGAAAGUAACGUGCUGGUUCCGGAAGUAGAUCUGAUCAGAUUAUCAAACCCUCCCCCUCACCCUGACUGUGAGAUUCUGAGGUACUCUGAAGUUCAGGCUCUCAGACAACUCUUCUCCAACCUCUGUCAACACAAACUUGGUUUAGAAGAACCGACUGAAGCAUUAAACCGUUGGUUAUUGGAACAAAAGCUCAGAUGUACUGAACACAUCGACCCUUUCUUCAGCUUCUCUGAUGAGAAGACAGUUUCUAUGUAUCGUGAAAUAAUGGAAGACGUGCCCAUGAAGUACAAGCUACCUCGUCAAGUUAAAACCUGCACUAAAACUCUUGAAAAGUUUGUAGACAAGAUGAAGAACCUCGCUAAAGAAUGGGGAGAAGAAAAUGAGGUCGACAAAAAAUGUGAGGCUGUUCUUUCUAAAAACGUUCCAUCCUCUGACACCAGGGGGCUGAUGUCGGAGCUGCGAGACUCAUGUAGAGAUGUGAUAGAGCGACACUUCAAAGUUAAGGUAGACGAGGUGUGCGAGCUGAUGAACGACCAGUGCAGAGACAGUGCUGUUAAAGUUAUGGAGUUCUCCAGAUCGGAGGGAUUGGACCGGACUAUGCCCCCUCCCUCUGUCUCUACCUCCACUAGACUGGUAGGAUGCCGCCCGGCCACGCCCCUCAUCAGUGAGGAAAGUGUACGUGGGGGUGACGUGUCGGUCACCAUGUGUAGCACUGAUAAGGAUAGUAGUUGUAGAAUCACUUAUCAGGGAAGUUCUCUCUCUAUCAACAGAUCUCACUACAAGAAACUGGAGGAUCUAUAUAAAGCAACCAACGCCACUAAAGAGAAAGAGAAAGAGGAGUUUAAUAGCAGGGUGUGGUGCCUACUAAAGAGAUACAAGAUGUUGCGCUCCUCAAUAGUAGGAACAAAGUUGUGCCAAGAAAACUUCGGGCUCCACGCAGCUCUACCCCACAAAGCCUUCCACCUCCUUCACCGCAAGUUCCACGUCUCUUUCGAGUGUUUCGCGUCCCCUUUUAACUGCUACUUCAGUCAGUACUGUUCAGCUUUCCCGGACAUUGACUGUUAUUUCGGGUCCCGGGGCUCCUUCUUCGACUUCAAGCCCAAGAGAGGCUCGUUUCAAGCCAACCCACCCUUUUCAGAAGAAGUCAUGUUAACCAUGGCGGAUCACAUGAUUAGUUUACUUGAGGAUUCGCAGGAUCCUCUCAUGUUCGUUAUCUUCAUUCCUGACUGGAGGGAGCCGAUGACUCCCGCCAUUACUAGACUAGAAAACACAAUUUAUUGCACCCACAAUAUUUUAUUAGCCAGCAGAUCUCAUCAGUACAUUACUGGAAACCAGCACCUACAAUCAGUUACCCACUAUGAUGCAGUCCACGGUACGCAAGUGUACGUCCUGCAAAACGACGCCGCCAUCGACGAGUGGCCUAUAAGCCACAAAGAUAUGGACCAUCUCCGGGAUGCCAUGUCUUAUAAUAGAGAGUGGAACUGAUCUGGUAAAAAGGUGCAAUAUUAAGGGGACAUUACGCGGGACUUUCAUAGUUUGAGAAGUAGAACUGCUGGGGGGGGGGUUUUAACACAUAAAGUUUUAAAGUUUUUCCACAUAAAAACAGAUAUUUGAUUUUUGGGUGAAUUUUGAAUUAUAAGUUUUAAGUUAAAACAUAAACCAGUGUUAUUAUUUAGAGCAUGAAGAGCUAUUUGUGUUUAAUGAAAAGAAAUUAAAGAGGAUAUAUAAUUAAUUUGUGCGUUAAGAUAACUUAAAGUUUAUAUGUAAUAUGAUCACAAUUUAGAUUUCCGUAUUUCUACUUAGCAUUUAAUUUAGUUUAGUUCAUAAUUCAUUCUUUGAGUUUAUAAGAAUAUAAUAAGUUAAUUAGUUAAUUAGUUCAGAACUAUUAAUUAAUUUUUAUCAGAAAGUGCAGUGAUAUGUUUUCUUGGCUGUUUAUUUAAUGAAGUUCUGGGAUUGCUUCACCGUUACUAUUAGUUGCACCGUUACUAUUAGUCGCACCGUUACUAUUAGUCGCACCGUUACUAUUAGUCGCACCGUUACUAUUAGUCGCACCGUUACUAUUAGUCGCACCGUUACUAUUAGUCGCACCGUUACUAUUAGUCGCACCGUUACUAUUAGUUGCACCGCUACUAUUAGUCGCACCGCUACUAUUAGUCGCACCGUUACUAUUAGUCGCACCGUUACUAUUAGUCGCACCGUUACUAUUAGUUGCACCGUUACUAUUAGUUGCACCGUUACUAUUAGUCGCACCGUUACUAUUAGUCGCACCGUUACUAUUAGUUGCACCGUUACUAUUAGUCGCACCGUUACUAUUAGUUGCACCGAUACUAUUAAUCACACCGUUACUAUUAGAGUCGCACCGUUACUAUUAGUUGCACCGUUACUAUUAGUCGCACCGCUACUAUUAGUCGCACCGUUACUAUUAGUCGCACCGUUACUAUUAGUUGCACCGUUACUAUUAAUCACACCGACCUUUAUUUAGAGUAAAUUCAAAUUAGUUAUUUUUUGGCAUCAAAUAAAAUGUAAUAUCUAAUGAACUUUAUGGGAAUUUAUUAGAAUGAAGAUGAAUAGUUUUGCAAAUUAAUUUUAUUGCUUUUUGUGAUACAAUUUUUCUGUAAUUUUCUCUGCAAUUUGGUAAAAGGAAAUUAAGCUUCUUUUAGCAACGUUAGCUGACUGAAAAUUAUCUAAUUUCAGCAUGAUGUAACCAUGGCAACCACCAUGAUGUUAGUUGUAACUGAAAGAAACACUACACGUUAAAGCAAUUUUUUAAUCUAAAUAAUGAUAUAAAGGUAAUUAAAUGAAAUAUCAUAUUAUAGCAGCACAAAGGUAUGAACAUUAUAGCACUAGCUACUACUAUUCGGUGUGUAAUCAGUUAUGAUUUUCAGUGUUGUAUUUUCCAUUGUUAAAAUUAUAUUGUA